UAUUCACAAAUCCAAGAAAAACACAACACAACACAACGUGUUGGUGCUAAUACAACUCAUUCAUUCAUUCAAUAUCCAAUAAAAAGAAAAACAACCCAAAAAAUUAAAUCUUUAAUCUUUAAUACCCAACAAAAAAACAUGAAAAGAUUAAUAAUCAACCGGAUCAAAGAUACAACACCAACUAUUGUUAUUGUUGUUGUUCUUUCUUUGUUCCUUUGGAAUUGCAACAAUAAUAUCAUCACACCAUCUUGCUUCUGUUUUCUCCUCUCUCUCUCAAGAAUUCCCCCCUUCUCUCUCUACAUAUUUGUCUCCGCACAAAAUUAUUUUGUGGGUGUUGUAAAGUUGGAAUCUUUAUGUCGUUUUUCAUCUUGGAACCCUAGUUUUUUGGGUAUUUUUCGUGUGAAUUUUUAGGGUUUUGUUUCAAGUUCUGAUUUUUAGCUCUGUAAUGGACACUAAUGGUCAAACUGAUGGAUUCAAGAAACCUAAACGCCAGAUGAAGACUCCUUAUCAACUGGAGAUUCUUGAAAAAACCUAUGAUUCGGAGAUGUAUCCGUCUGAGGCGACGAGAGCACAGCUGUCGGAAUCCCUAGGGUUAACCGACCGGCAGUUGCAAAUGUGGUUUUGCCACCGCCGGUUAAAAGAAAAGAAAGAAGAAAUUGUUAAAAAGGUAGUUGGGGAACAGAUGGAGGUUUUAAAAUCUUCUAAACGAGAAUUGAUUGUGGCUGAGCACGAUGGUUCGCGGUCUAUGUCGCGUCAUGAGUCAUGGUCAGGUUCAGAGUCGGAUUCUAGCCGGGAUAAUGAACCCGUGGUGCGUAGCAGGGCGUCUGAGUUGACCCAACAGAAGAUGAUGGUGAGAAGAAUGAUUGAUAGUGUGGAGGCUCAGUUGGGUGAAUCGUUGAGAGAAGAUGGACCAGCACUUGGAAUUGAGUUUGAUGAACCGCCACUGGGUGCGUUUGGGACACCGAUAGUGGUCAAGAAGCCUCUAGCUUCACCUAUAAAUGAUAAUGACUUCAUUGAACCAAAUGAAGAAGUUAUGCAAAUGUGGAGAAAACGCAAGAGUGAAGAUGUUGGAAGAGAUGGUCAAUCCGAAAAGAGGAUGAAAAAGGAGCUUGAGAAAAAAGAUCCGUUGACGAAAAAGAAGGAAGAACAGAUGAAAAAAGAAACGGAGAAACAAGACCGCGAGAGACGAAAGGAAGCAGAACGAAUGAUGCGGGAAAGACAAAGACAAGAAGAAAGAUUCCAACGUGAAGAAAGGCGCGAAACCGAACGCCGAGAAAAAUUCUUGCACAAGGAAUCUUUAAAGGCGGAGAGAAGAAGACAACAAGAAGAGCUUCGAAGAGAGAAAGAAGCUAUAAAAGUCAAAGCUGCUAUUGAGAAAGCGGCAGCAAAAAAAAUCGCUAAAGAAUCUAUGGAAUUAAUGGAGGAUGAGCGUCUAGAAUUAUUGGAAUUAGCGGCUUCUCAUAAGGAGUUGACAUCGAUCGUUUCACUUGAUUAUGAAACUUUGCAGAAUCUUGAUUUCUUUCGAGAUCUUUUAUGCGUGUUCCCACCAAAAUCUGUGCAAACAAGAUUAAAACGUCCGUUUUCGGUUCAUCCAUGGAUUGACUCGGAAGAAAAUGUUGGAAACCUUCUCAUGGUUUGGAGAUUUUGUACGACAUUUGCCGAUAUUCUCGGGCUCUGGCCUUUUACUCUUGACGAGUUUGUUCAAGCUCUUCAUGAUUAUGAUUCAAGAUUAUUGGGAGAGGUUCACAUUGCUCUUCUGAAGCUGAUUGUUAGAGAUAUUGAAGAUGUCGCAAGGACACCCUCCGGUGGGCCCGGGGCUAAUCAAUACGCUGUUGCUAAUCCUGAAGGUGGUCAUCCUCAGAUUGUCGAAGGGGCAUAUAUGUGGGGCUUUGACAUACGCAACUGGCUUAAACAUCUAAAUCCAUUAACAUGGCCUGAAAUACUUCGACAGUUUGCUCUAUCUGCCGGUUUUGGACCUAAGUUGAAAAAAGAUAAAGUCAAGCAUCCGCGCUUGCCUGAAACUGACGAGAGUAAAGGUUGUGAAGAUGUAAUUACGAUGCUACGGAAUGGCUCAGCUGCUGAAAAUGCAGCCACAUUGAUGCAAGGAAAAGGUUCCCGUCUUCAAAAGAAGUCUAGAAAUCGUAUGACUCCUGGGACCGUGAAAUUUGCCGCUUAUCAUGUUCUUUGUCUCGAGGGAAGCACGGGCCUAAAUGUUUUAGAACUUGCCAAAAAGAUUCAGAAAACAGGACUUCGUGAUCUUACAACAAGCAAGACACCGGAUGCUUCAAUCUCGGUUGCAUUAUCAAGAGACCCGAUCGUAUUUGCAAGAAUUGCUCCUUCUACUUAUUGUGUCCGGCCCGCUUAUAGGAAGGACCCUGCUACUGCCGAUGAAGUAAUUUCAUCGGCUAAAGAGCAGAUACAAACUUACGCAAAUGGAAUCUUAUCUGGAGUUAAUCUUGAGGAAGUUGAGAAAGAUGAAGAUUAUGAAUCGGAGGUUGUUGAGGGUCGAGAACUUAACGAUUUUGUAACCUCAUCUACUAUCAAAGGCACCGACUUUCACAUUGAAGAUGUUAAAACGUCCGUUUGUGAAGACGUUGAUGUUGAAUUAAAACGUCCGUCCGUUGGUGUGAGUAAUAUUAAUCAAGAAAGUAGUGAAAUUGACGAAAGAAAAUCAGAAGCGUGGGUUCAAGCGCUUACAGAAGGGGAAUAUUCGGAUCUUUGUGUUGAGGAUCGUCUCAAUGCUCUUGUCGCUUUAACUGGAAUCGCUAAUGAAGGAAACAUUAUUCGUGUAGUUCUUGAGGAUCGAUUAGAUGCUGCAACGUCUGUUAGAAAGCAAAUGUGGUCAGAAGCACAACUCGAUAAAAAACAAUUGAAAGAAGAGUUUAUAACCAAAUUUCAAGAUUCUUUUCUCAUGACGGGUCAAAGCCCGUUGAUUCCUGUUAUUGAUAAUAAAGUCAAUGACGGGUCUCGACAAACGGGUCAGGAUAGUUCUGUUGGACAGAUAACGGGCCAAAUUUAUAACAAUGGAUGUAACACAGCCGAAAGAUCACGGUUGCAGUUAAAAGCUUUCAUCGGUCACAAAGCAGAAGAAAUGUAUGCGUACAGAUCUUUAUCUUUGGGCCAAGAUCGAAGGCGUAAUCGAUAUUGGCAAUUUGUAGCAUCUAAUUCCCGGCAUGAUCCAGGGUCCGGCAGGAUAUUCGUUGAAUUACAAAACGGAUGUUGGAGGCUGAUCGAUUCAGAAGAGGCAUUUGAUGCUCUUUUGUCUUCUUUGGAUACGCGUGGGGCCCGAGAAUCUCAUUUACACAUAAUGCUGCAAAAAGCGGAGACGCUGUUUAAGGAGAACAUCAGAAGAAAUUCAAACAGUACGGCGUGUGUUUCAAGUUCCGAUUCAUUUGAAUCAUCGCUCUCUUUCAACAUUGAGCUCGGGAGGGACGAAUCGGAGAAAAGAAACGCUAUGAAACGGUAUCAAGAUUUGGAAAAGUGGAUGUGGAAAGAAUGUUUGUAUUCAUCGAAUUUGUCAGCUAAGGCACAUGGUAAACAACGGUGCACCCCGCUCCAGGGAAUCUGUGAUUCUUGUCAUGCGUCUUAUUGCUCGGAGAAGGCUAUUUGUCCCCGAUGUUAUAGGUCGAUCAACACGUUUAGCGACAAAUUAUCUUAUCUUGAAGUAGAUAAUUAUCCCGAUAAUUGGGAUAUUACCCUUCCAAUAAGAAUCCGAUUGAUCAAGUCCCUAUUAACGUUCUUGGAGGCUUCUAUUCCAUCUGAGGCCCUGCAAUCUUCUUGGACCGAAAACAAUAGGGACGCUUGGGGUUCUAAGUUGCAAGGUUCAUUGUCACCGGCUGAUCUUCUCCAGGUUCUUACAUGGCUCGAGAGUGUCGUAAAACGGAACUAUAUGUCUUUGGAGUUUGAGACCACAGAGGAACUGAUUGGGACCUCUGGCUUAUCCGAACUGGUUGCAUCGGGCCCAGGCUCGGUCCCUGUACUUCCAUGGAUAGCUCGAACCACAGCUGCUGUGAGUCUGAGGCUUUUGGAGCUUGAUAGCUCGAUUUCCUACACUUCUGAACAGAAAACCGAGCUUAAUAUAGUACACAAGACAAACGAUAUCAUUGAGUCUCCAUUAAAGUUCACGUUCUUGAAGAACAUCGGAAAAACCUUGGAUUCCAACCAAGGUAAACCUGUAAAACCGGCUCGUGGUGGUGGACGUAGUCGCAGUGGCGGGAAGUUGCAGAAACGUACGGCAGGUUCCAUAACUACCCCCAACAGUAGACACUACUGUAGAGACACUGUUACAUUGAGUCAAGUUAUCAAACAAACACAUGCAACCGGCCGAAGAACUGCGAGGAAAAGAAGAAUUGAAGAUGCUCCCAAAGAAGAAGAGGAGCGUGUUAAAAACUUUAAUGUUGAAGAAUGGAUUCGUGAACCUGUCGGCAAAUUUGAAACUGAAAACCGUAACUUUGAAGCCAGCGAAGAUGAAGAAGAUGCAAGUGAAUCUGAUGAUGGUGAUGGGAACGGAGUCGGGUUUGAAAUGGAAAACAGGGAAAGUUCAGGGUAUGGUAUUGCAAAUAAUGAAAGUAGAUGGGGUGAAACGGAUGAGGAGCGGUUUGAAAAUGUUGAAGUAGAUAUGCAUGAUGAUUAUGUAGGUGGAAGGAAUUUUGAAGUUGAAGAUUCAGAUUCUUUUGAUUCUGGUGAAUAUACUGAUUGAACCCUAAGAGAAACAAAAAA